AUGGGAUUCUCUGACCUACAGGGCAGCUUGGAACAGCAUCUGUCAGACAAGAGCUACAUCGAAGGCUACAACCCUUCGCAGGCCGAUGUAGCAGUCUACAAGGAGCUCAAGUCUGCUCCCGAUGCGACGCAGUACCCUCAUGCGGCGCGUUGGUACAAGCACUUGACGUCCUACGCUGCCGAGCACGGUUCCCUGCCUGGUGACGCCUCGAAGCCCUACCAUGAGUACGGACCGGCGACGGCAUCCACAUCAAAAGCGCCCGCUGCCGCUGCUGCUGCUGCCGAUGAGGACGACAUUGACCUCUUUGGCUCUGAUGAUGAGGAAGUCGACGAGGCCGCAGAAAAGCUCAAGCAGGAGCGUCUUGCUGCUUAUGCUGCCAAAAAGGCUAAUAAGCCCAAGACAAUCGCGAAAUCUGUCGUCACAUUGGAUGUCAAGCCAUGGGAUGACGAGACCGACAUGAAGGAGCUCGAGGCGGCCGUUCGCUCGAUCCACAAGGACGGACUCACUUGGGGUCUCAGCAAGCUCGUGCCUGUCGGUUACGGCGUGAGCAAGCUGCAGAUCACCCUCGUCGUCGAGGACGAGAAGAUCAGCCUUGAUGACCUGCAAGACGAGAUUGCCGAGUUUGAGGACUACGUGCAGUCCAGCGAUGUCCAGGCUAUGCAAAAGCUCUAG